AAACAUCUCUAGAGAGAGAGAGUCUAGAGAGAGAGAAAGCUCGUUUUGCUUCAAUUCUCGACGUUAGUCCGUCAAGAAAACGUUCAAUCGUCCUCCAAUUCUCGUUUACAUCGUUCAAUUUCGAGUCUUUCAUACAAUAUUUCUCCAAAUUGAUGCAAUUUGAUGCAAUUUGUGUAAAUGAGUCGUUUAGGGUUUAAUAAAUCGGUGGUUUACCAUGGGGAAACAUGUUUGGGUGAAUUGGAUGUUAUUCCUGUUGGUGAUAAGCAAUUCCGGUUUCCGAAUAACGAGAUUAGGAUCCAUCACAUUUCUCCGAUCAGUGAAAGAUGUUCACCUCUUUCAGUUCUGUUAACAAUUUCUUCUUCUUCAGUUCGUUGCAAGCUUGAAUCCUUUUCAUCAAAUGUUAAACAAGAGUUGCUUGCUCUUCACGCCUCUUGUUUCUAUGAUCUAAAGACAGCUGUGGUGGUGAUUGGGGAUGAAGAGGUGCAUUUGGUGGCAAUGGGAAGUAAAUUUCAAAGAUUUCCUUGUUUUUGGUGUUUUGUGGUUCCUGCACAAUUGUACACUGCUUGUUUAGGGAUGUUAAACAUGAGGUGUCUGUCGAUCGUGUUUGAUCUAGACGAGACGCUUAUUGUUGCGAAUACGAUGAGGUCUUUUGAAGAUAGGAUAGAUGUGUUGACUGGGUGGAUUGGGCAGGAGUCUGAUCCUGUUAGGGUGGCUGGGAUGACUUCUGAGCUUAAACGAUAUGUGGAGGAUCGCGCGUUGUUGAAGCAUUAUGCAGAGAAUGAUGCUGUAACGGAUAAUGGGCAGACGUAUGAGGUGAAAAUGGAGGAAGUUCCGAUCAAUGCUGCUGGUAAUGAGCGUGUUGUUCGACCGGUAAUAAGAUUGCCGGAAAAGAAUAUAGUCUUGACCCGCAUUAAUCCGGAGAUUCGUGAUACCAGUGUGCUUGUGAGGUUAAGACCCGCUUGGGAGGAUUUGAGAAGCUAUUUGAUUGCAAAAGGACGCAAACGAUUUGAAGUUUAUAUCUGCACUAUGGCCGAAAGAGAAUACGCAUUGGAAAUGUGGAGGUUGCUCGAUCCCGGGACCCACCUAAUCACUCCAAAGCAACUAUUGAACCGUGUUGUAUGUGUCAAAUCAGGUGCACGCAAAUCAUUGUUGAAUGUGUUUAAAGAUGGGGAUUGUCAUCCAAGGAUGGCGAUGGUAAUUGACGAUAGGUUAAAAGUUUGGGAAGAAAAAGAUCAACCGCGAGUUCAUGUGGUGCCUGCUUUUACUCCUUAUUAUGCUCCUCAAGCAGAGACAGCAAAUGCUGUUCCAGUUCUGUGUGUGGCAAGGAACGUUGCAUGUAACGUUAGAGCUGGUUUCUUCAAAGAAUUUGAUGAGAAUUUUAUUAGGAGGGUUUCUGAACACCACUAUGAAGAUGAAGUUUUGAAUCUACCGUCUGCACCUGAUGUUUGCAGUUAUCUAAUGCCAGAGGAUGCUAGUUUUGUACCAAAUGGUAAUAUAAGCGUCCCAAUGGCGGAAGGAAUGAAUGCUUCUGAAGUUGCUCAUAGACUGAAUCAACAGGAUUCUAGAAAUGCGGACCUGAAAUCUGAUAGAUCCCAGCCGUUAGUUCCAUCUACGAGCAUCUAUGGUCCACCAUCAUUUAGAUCUGCGAUACCGUCAGACAAACCUAGCUUACUUGGCCCGAUUCAAGCACCUGAUAUAUGGAACAAACAGCGAGCUGGUUUUUAUCCUCCGUCUCAUGCUACAGCUAGUUCUUUCUCUGCAGGGUUUCGACCACUAGUAUCUGAAGCAAAGCGUGAUGAGGCGUUCCUUGGAUAUGGAGUGCCAAAGAAGAAUUUGCCACAAGUAGGCCAACUUUCAGAUGUAGGUGUAGCACAUAAUCAACCAUAUUUAAAUAACAAAAGAGGGUCCGCUGAUAGUGGAACUUUAAACUCGCUACAAUCUUCUCUAUCCAUUGAAGUGCUGCACGAAAUUGCACAAAGAUGCGGCUCGAAGGUUGAGUAUCGAUCCGUUUUCAGCCCCAACAGGGAAUGGCGAUUUUCUUACGAGGUUUUAUUCACAGGCGAGAAAGUUGGUCUCGGGAUGGGUAAAACCCGAAAGGAUGCUCAAGAGCAGGCUGCGGAGAAUGCCCUUCAAAGCUUAGCCGAUAAAUACGUCUCGUACCUCAUAUCACGAUCCAAACCAGAAACAAAAGUCCUUGAUACUGAAAGCGAGAACGGGUUUUUGUGGGACUCUGAUUCAGAUUGAUCAGAGGCCUGCUGAAAUGAGGCAUUCCUCCAGUUUAGCGUGUCAGCAAGUUCAGAAGUGAGUUGUUUUGUCAAGGUAAAGAAUGCGGGAAGUCAAACUAUAAGUGGUUUUUAUCAGCUUGUAAAUGGAAAGAAGUUUAGAGACUUUGAAAAGGUCAAUUUUGGGUCAACACCAGGAGAAAGUUAAGUUUUGGGGUUUUUGAAGCUGUAAAUUACUUCUUGUUUGUGUAGGAAUAGAUAGGAUAAAUCUUAGUUCUUGGCAUUAUGAGUUAUACAAGUGGCAUUUCAAGAUAAUUUGACUAACGCCUGAUAGCGUCAUCA